AUGGUUGCAGACAUCAAAGUCGCUAAACACUCAAGGGCUAAUCCACCCAGCCAAACAUGUGUCACAGACGAUCUGAUGGGCGAGCUUGAACAGAUUUUUCGAAAUCAGGGCCAAGUCAAAGACUACUUUUCGACUAGACCUUUGAAUACAAUGUUGCACCCAUUGGUUGUUACUGUUUUUCUAUUGGUUGCAUCCACUUUUGCUCAAACCCUGCAAAAACGUACUUUACAACGAUCCAGCGAUGAUGAAUAUCGUAAUACUAGAUCAGGAAACAAAUCCCCGAGUCCACAACAAACACGCGAUUUGAAUAUACGAUUUCCUGCAAAGUUAGGGAUUGAGGUUUGGACAACUGGUAAUGAACAACAGUCAGGAACAUCCCAUCAAGAAACAUCGAAAAAACAUCGCCGAAAAUCACAACGCAAGCAACAUGAAGAAAACUUUUUAAGACGACACAGUUCAAAUCUAGAAUCGAACCUUGGUUCGGACUCGGAAAAUGAAGUAACAGCGCGGAAGACUAGUAGGAGACGUUUAAGAUCUGAUUUAGAGGAUGAUGACGUCUUUGAAGCAGUCCGAGGUGGGCUAAGCGAUAUGGAAAGAUUACUUCCAAGUGAAGAGAACGCUGGUCACAGUGCUGGCGAAGGAGUUUCACAAAGACAUCCAGAUCAAUAUAUAGAUAUCAUUGAAAGCACUCAUAUUGAGUCUAAGGAAUCCAAGAAAAAGAGCGCUUUGAAAAAGCUCAAGGAAAAGCUCAAGCUAAACGACGGAUUCCCUCAAGUCGAAUUCGGCUUUGGCAAAAAGAAAAAAUACAAGGAAUAUCUAGAAUCUGAGUUUGAAGAUAAGCCCAAAAAGAAAGGUUUUGCGAAAAAGGCCAAGGAAUGGCUUGGAUUUGGCAACAAGAAACAUCGAACUGAAGAAAUGAUUGACCAACAGAUUAGGCAAGAAUGGGAAGAGCGCAAUGGUAUUCAAGAAUCUGGAUUUGAAGAUAAACCCAAAAAGAAAGGUUUUAUGAAAAAAGUCAAGGGAUGGCUUGGAUUUGGCAACAAGAAACAUCGAACUGGAGAAGUGCUUGACCACCAGAUUAGCGAACAAUGGGAAGAGUACUUUAAGCAACGUUCAGCUUCACAUGAUGGGCAUAGAUCCAGGAAAAACAGCGUUUCUGGUGAAUCUAGUAAAUUUCGAGUGCAAGAGACAUUCAAGACUACAGAAGUACUUGACGAAGAUCUUACCGAUGGACAGGGAAAAUACUCUAGAAAAAAUUCAGCUUCAGGUGAUGAGCGUAGAAAGUCCAGAAAAGCCAGCGUCUCUGCUGAAUCUGGUAUAUCUGGUAUAUCUCGAUCACAGGAAAAGGUACCUACAACUGGAGGAAUACAUGACCAAAGUCUUACUGAUGAACAGAGAAGAUACUUUGAAAGUAUUUACAAUUUGGAUGGUAAUCGUAAAGAAUCCAAGACGGACACCUUAAAGCCCGAGAAUGUAUCCCAAAAGGAAAGGAAAUCGUCUCAUGUAGGAAAGUAUCCCAAAAAAUCCAAAAAACACCACAUCAAAUAUUUAGAGUCAAGCUCGAGUUCGGGUUUAAGUUCAAGCUCGGAUUCUGAUUCUGAUUUAGAUUCAAGCUCAAGCUCAAGCUCGGAUUCUGAUUUUGAUUCAGAUCUGAAUUACAAGCCUAAGAAGUACAAGAAAAAGAGUUUUGUAACAGAAAUCGAUACUACGCUUUUGAAAAAGAAAUCCUCUCACAAAAAAUCCAAAAAACAGCACAUUGGCCAAUAUUUAGAUUCAAGCUCAAGCUCAAGUUCAAGCUCGGAUUCUGAUUCUGAUCCAGGUUUCAAUAUAGUUGUGAAUUACAAGCCUAAGAAGUACAAGAAAAAGGGUUUUGUAACAGAAAUCAAUACUACGCUUUUGAAAAAGAAAUCCUCUCACAAAAAAUCCAAAAAGCACCACAGCAAGUAUCUAGAGUCAAGCUCUGAUUCAAGCUCGGAUUCUGAUUCUGACUUUGAUUCAAGUUCGGAUUCUGAUUCAGAUUUUGAUUCGGAUCUGAAUUACAAGCCUAAGAAGUACAAGAAAAAGAGUUUUGUAACAGAAAUCGAUACUACACUUUUGAAAAAGAAGUCUCACAAAAAAUCCAAAAAACACCACAGCAAAUAUUCAAGCUCAAGCUCGGGUUUAAGCUCAGAUUCUGAUUCAAGCUCAGAUUUUGAUCGCAAAGGUUAUAUUAAAUAUAAAAAAUUCAAAAAUCCCGGAUUUCAGGAAUUCGAGACUGUAGUUCAACAGGAAAAGAUAUCGUCUCCAUAUCCAAGAAAGUCUCACAAAAAAUCCUCCAAACAAUCCUACCGUGAACAUUUCGAUUUAAACCCGGAAUUAAGCCCAGAAUUUAACCUAGGAUUUAACCCAGAAUUAGACCCAUACUUGAAUUUCGAUCAUAGAAUUCAUGGCCACAAGAGUAAGAAUAGCUUUAAAAAACUCGGAAGGAAGCUGAUUGAAUUUGGAGACAAUUCGCCUGAAAUUGGAGCAAGAAUCGGUCAUAAAAUCGGCAAAGCAGUUUCCAAAGCAAUUGGAUCAACUGUCAGAGCAAAACACAGUGUAUCCAGAUCGAUGAGCAAACUAAAAUACGAACUCCAGCAUUUUGAUCGUAAAAUCGAAUACGUUGUCGUCAAGGGCAUUAGAAAGGCUGCUAAGCUAAUCCGUAAUUUCCCAAGACGUGUGGGUCGACUACUGAAGAAGCUCUUCAAUCUUCCACAGAAACUGUUUUCUGGAAUACUGAAUAUUAGAUCAAAACUAGAUGAGCUAAGAAGAAAUAUGCGCGAUACUUACAGAUAUGCAAAGUUGAUGGCUGAAUUAGACUAUAUGAUAUUGGAUGUUUCUCGUUCAGCUAGAGAGCAAAGCAGGCAUAUUUUAACAGAAGCAUCCGAGCUGGGACUCCUCAACAAAACAAAGGUUGCAGUCAUAAAUACAACUGUUGCUUUCAUGCUGAUCACUCUAUCAUAA